UUGAGGGUGUGGCUUAUAACGCGUCAAGCUUGGCUCAAGCUUCUGUUUACAAAGAGUAAGUACAAUAUUUGCUUCUCUUUCUUAUUUCAUUUGAUAGUAAUUAUGAUCAGUACAACAGUCGUUAUUGUGUUCUGUUCUUUCUGCUUGGCCCCUUUUUUGGCCCAAUCUGAAACUCUAUUUGUCUACCCGGAUGUUUUUAAUGAAACAAGUCGAGAUAAGUUUGUGAUUGGUUCUUUUCCCGACUACUUUCAGUUUGGAACCGCGACUGCCGCCUACCAAAUCGAGGGCGCCUGGAACGUUGAUGGCAAGGGUCCCAGUAUUUGGGACACUUACGUCCACUCAAGCCCAAGCCCGGUCUACAAUAAUGAGACUGCAGAUGAUGCCGAUAAAAGCUACUACCUUUGGGACCGAGAUGUCCAAAUGAUGCAGGAACUCGGGGCGAAGUUCUACCGCUACUCGUUUUCGUGGCCUCGGAUUCUACCCAAAGGAGUGUACAAAUCUGACGACGACGUGAACUGGGCAGGCGUACAGUUCUACAAUGAGACGGUGAAUAAAUUGAUCGCUGGCGGAAUCGAACCUGUAGUCACUCUUUUCCACUGGGAUUUGCCGCAAGCACUUCAAGAUCAAAACGGAUACCUCAACGCCGAUUUUCCGACAUGGUUUGCAGGCUACGCCCAGUUGUGCUUUCGUCUUUUUGGCGACCGUGUUCAGAAUUGGAUCACGUUUAACGAACCACAAACCGUCGCAGACUGUUUUGAAUAUGGAAAUUGUGCUCCUGGAAUCUACAUGCCUGGGGUUGGGGGCUACCAGAUUAUACAUCAGUGGCUUCUAGCGCACCAAAAAGCCUGGCAUAUUUACGAUGAUAACUACAGAAGCGCACAACAAGGAUUAGUAGGGAUGACAAUUUGUGGUGGAUGGUGUGACCCGAGUUCUCAAGGUCAAGCUGACAUCGAUGCUGCCCAAAGGUCAAUGCAGUUCGGGAUGGGAUGGCUGAUGUCUCCUUUGAUUGGAACAGGUAAUUACCCUCAGGUAAUGAUAGACUACGUCGGAAAUACUAGCAAGGCCCAAGGCUUCAACCAGUCUCGGCUUCCGACUUUCUCUGCCGAGGAACAGAAACUGCUUCUCGGAGCUUCCGACUUCUUCGGUUUGAACUACUACUCCGGGGCUAUCUGUCAGGCUGGAAACUGGACACCUGAUCCGACUCCAAGUAUGGCUAAUGAUCAGUAUGUAAUAGCGUACAAACCAGAUGAUUGGCCAAAAUCAGCGUCCAAUUGGCUACAAAGUAAUCCGUGGGGUAUCCGAAAUAUGCUUAACUGGGCACAACGUUAUUACAGCAAUUUCAACACCCCGUGGUACAUAACUGAAAAUGGGUGGAGUUCCUACCCUACUCCGUGCGAAGAUACAAUGGACGUGAACAAAACGCAGUACCUAGUCGCACAUGUGAACGAAGUUUACAAAGCCGUGCAAGAUGGAGCCAACGUCCAAAAGUACAUAUUCUGGUCACUAAUGGAUAAUUUUGAGUGGCGCGACGGCUUCAGUAAAAAGUUCGGCGUUUACUGCGUAGAUUUUGAUGACACUGACAGAAAAAGGACUGCCAGGUAUUCGGCAAAUAUCUACGCUGACAUAAUGAAAAAUCGUGGCUUCGAAAACCAAACUAUGAUUAAUGAAUUGAUUCAAAACGGAAUCCUGACAGCAGUUUGAGUAGCAUCACAACUUUAUAUAAGUUAAAAUUUCGAACAUAGACAGAGAGCGGCUGAUGGUUUAAUAUAGUUCUUAGAUCUAUAAUCAGCUUGUAAAGAAUCUUUUAACCCCGUAUUGCAUACUUAUUUCAAUAAAAAUUGUU